UAAAAGGGAAACACCCAUAUUCUGAUACAAGCAGCUACAAAAUGAGUCGAUAUUUAUUCGGUGUGGAGGUGCGAGGUCGCCCAUGAUAAUUGCACCGUUUGCAGACUGCGCCGGAUAGGUCCCGGGAAGUUUCCAGGAUAGUUGCAGAAAUGCCACGCAGGCAGACCCGGCACCGUAACAACUUCCCUGGAUAUGUGGAAGGAGGGGAAGCAGAGUGAGUAGCUGCUGCAACAGGCGCGGGCGGAAUGAUCACCGGCUGAAACCCGAGACAAUCAAUGAGUAAAAUGACUAAAAUAAGGAAAUUGUUCCGAGGCAGCGGCAGGAUCCUAGGGUUGAUUUUUGCGGCUUCGAUUAUCUGGCUGAUCUUUGACAUGGCAGCGCUGAGGUUUUCCUUCACGGAGAUCAACAGUAAACUUUCCAAGGAGGAAUUCCUGCGGCUGGAGCGGCUCAGGUCGAAGGUGCUGCAGGACGAGGGGUUGCAUAAGAUGUUCCGGAGAAGGCCCGGUGGUGGGCUGGCGGGGGGAGACGCGCCCACCAGAGCCCCCCGUGGAAAUCCCGCCACCUCCAGCCGGCAGCCUGGCGGCGCCGUGGGUUUCAGGCGGAAUAAGGAGGUUUACCGCGCCCGGGCGGCCGCCGACCAACUGCUACUGGCCGCACCUGCAACAGUCUGGAAGGAACCGGACCCCCAGCCCACACGGCGCCGCGGCGACCGCCCUGAGCUUGCGGACAGAACCACCGUCGCCGCCGCCCGGACAACCGCAGGGCAUCCCGGGCAGGUGGUCGCGGCUUCAGCGCCCGCCUUCCUGCCGGGCCCGGGGGAGAAAGUGUCCGAAGUUCGAGGGCUGAAGCCCCGCCAGGCGGCUGUCAACGCCGAGCUGAAAGCCGUGACCGAGCGGGAAGGGGAGGGACAGGUGAACCGGGGCGGACUGGGCGGGGAGCGCGGCGUGAAGCCGGCCGAGGGAAAGGCUGGCACAAACCGCGCGGGAACGGCAGUCGCUGCCGGCCCGCGGGCAGAUGGACUCGGACACCGGGUGUCCCCGCCAGGCGGAGGAGGGUGGACAACGCCGAAUGCAUCGGUCCAGGCGGUCGGUGCUGUGCUGAUGAAGAAUACAGUCAACCAAUCUCACAGUGAAGUUUGGAACGGACUCAAAGGUGGACUUGUCAAUAUUACGGAUAAUAAAAUUCCUGUCGGUGGGAGAGCGUGGAAUGGAGUCAAAGGUGAAUCUGUCAACAUUACGGAUAGUAAGAUUUCUGCCCACAGCAAGAUUUGGAAGGGAACGCCAGGUGAACUUGACAAUAUUACUGUCACAAAGAACGUUGGAUUAAAACAAAACAUAAUUAAAUAUACACCUUUAAUCAACGCGACAAACAAAACAGCAAUAAACCACCUUGAAGGUAAAAACACGCCACGCAUUACCGAGAAAAGAGAUUUUUCGGUUAAUGUUGUGAAAAAAGUAGUUGUUAAAAACAAUGAAACGAAUGACCAGCGGAUAGGUGACAAAGUUUUACCACGUUCAGUUGCUAGUUUGGGAUCUGCUAUAGGAGUACACAGAGUUUUGUCGAUUGACAGGACGAUAUCUCCACGUAACCCUGAAGCCGUCGGUCAAUUUGGGCAGCCAGCAGUUGUGCCAAAGGAACAAGAAGAACGAGCAAAGGAGAAAUGGAACGAGGGGCAUUUCAAUGUACAUCUCAGUAACAUGAUCCCACUGGACAGGGGUGUCCCAGAUACAAGGCCAAAAGGGUGUCCUGACCAAAUGGUUCACAACAACCUUCCAACAACCAGCAUUAUCUUGUGCUUUGUCGAUGAAGUGUGGUCUACACUUUUAAGGUCUGUUCACAGCAUCUUCAACAGAUCUCCUGCUCACCUCAUUAAAGAAGUUAUUCUUGUAGAUGACUUUAGCACCAGAGAAUACCUGAAAGAGAAUUUAGACAUAUAUAUGUCGCAGUUCCCAAAAGUUCAUGUUAUUCACCUACAGGAGCGUCAUGGUUUAAUCCGAGCCAGACUUGUGGGCGCAGCAAAUGCAACAGGAGAUGUUCUAACAUUCUUGGAUUCCCAUGUUGAAUGCAAUGUUGGUUGGCUGGAACCACUUUUGGAAAGGAUCCACUUAAAACGAACAAAAGUAGCUUGCCCUGUCAUAGAAGUUAUCAGUGAUGAGGAUAUGAGUUAUAUAGGAGUGAAUGGCUUUUUACGUGGAGUAUUUACCUGGCCCAUGAAUUUUGGGUGGAAGACGAUACCCGAUGAAAUUAUUAAAAGAUACAAUCUAACAGAAAUGGACCCAAUAAAAUGUCCAAUAAUGGCAGGAGGAUUAUUUUCAAUUGAUAAGAAAUACUUUUAUGAACUGGGUACUUAUGAUACAGGCUUGGAAGUCUGGGGUGGAGAAAACAUGGAGCUGUCAUUUAAGGUUUGGAUGUGUGGAGGAGAAAUUGAGAUUAUCCCUUGUUCAAGGGUGGGCCAUAUUUUUCGUGAUGGCAAUCCAUAUACAUUUCCAAAGGAUAGAAUUAAGACAGUGGAGCGGAAUUUGGCUCGUGUGGCAGAGGUUUGGUUGGAUGAAUAUGUCGAUGUUUUCUAUGGUCAUGGUUACCACCAUCUUCUUAACACAAAUAACAUAGAAUUUAACAUUGGAGACCUAAGCAAGCAAAAAGAACUCCGAGAAAAACUUCAAUGUAGGAGCUUCAAGUGGUAUUUAGAAAACGUUUAUCCUGAUAUACAAACAUCUUUAGUGAGAUCCGAUGGCUUGCUGUUUAAUGUUGGAACAAGGAAAUGUCUUGCGGUUGAAAAUGGCACAUUUUCAUUUGAAUUAUGUGAUAUUAAUGAAAAGAAUCAGCAUUUUAACCAUUCAUGGUUAAGGCUAAUUCAACAAAAAGACUUGUGCAUAGCUCUGUUGGACAUGAAACGGGAAAUUGGGAUGAAACCUUGUGAUAAAAAAAGCAACAAUCUAAGGUGGCUCCAUCAGUCGUAUACAGCUGAAUCAACAUUAACGGAUCACAUCCUUUGGGAGAUUUCUCAGUUUCCUUUGUGUUUAGAAGGUAAUCUAUUUGGAAAAGUCUUAAUGAUAAACUCUUGUGAUCCAGCUAACCCCCGUCAGAAAUGGAAAUUUACCAACUAUUAUAAGGAUUAAUGGAGGUAAUGAUAUGAUGACAACCUGUUGUGAUGCAGGCAUUUUAAAGGGCUAACUGUUUGAAAUAUUAUUUGUUUGGGAUGCUGCCAAAAUGAAUGACAUUGAACAAAAAAACAUGCAAUUUCAACCUCAAUAGCCUGAGAACAAGAUUUAAAGAUAAAUGUUUCCAAGUGGGCACCAAAAAGAACUGGAAUACAGGGCACUACGCAAUACUUGGCUUGAAGCAUGAACAAUAAUAUUUUUCUGCUCUUACAGAAAAAUUAAACCUUACUUUGUUUCAUCUAAUGUGAUGUAAUUUCUCACCUACUUUAUUUUUAGAAAACUGUGGAAAUUAAUUUAUUAUAACAAUAGUAAAUACAAAUCACUUGUGAAUUAAUAUAAUUUGGACAUUUUCCAUUUGAAAUCAUACUUUGAUAUCUUUAUUAAAAAGAAAGCUUUUAAAUGUUCAUCCAAGUGACAAGAUGAGGUAAGAUGAAAAAAUAAUGAAAACAGUAAUUCUGUUUUUAGGUUUAAGUUUUUCUUUCAUUUGGUUCAAUUGAACUAUGAAAUGGGCAUUUUGUUUGUAGUUCUGUGAUGGGUUGGUUUUUCUAUCUUCAAAAAGCUUUCUUUUAACAUAAGAGUUCAAGUAUUUUGGGCAAUACACUUUAAGCAAUUUUCAUCUGUAUGCACUACACAACUUAAUUCAAACGUGUAAUCCAGUUAAUAACUACCAGAAACAGUUUGUGACUAGCAAAAGGAUUGAUAACAGUGAAGGAAAAUGAAAUAUCAAUAUUGUAAGAUUGGCUCCUGGAAUGGUACACUUGUUGUACGAGGAGACACUGAGCAGAUUAAGCCUGCACUUUAGAAAAAUGUGAAGUGAUCUCGCCGAAUCUCACAAAGUAGUUAAUGAGAUGGUUAGAUACAGAGGUGGUGUUUCCCCUGGCUGGAGUGUCCAGAAUCAGGGGUCACAGUCUCAAAAUAUGAUGUUGACCAUACAGGACUGAGGUGAGAAGAAAUGUCUUCAACCAAAGAAUGGUGAAUCUUCAGCAUUCACCGUGAGAGUGCUAUGGAAGCUCAGUCACAGAGUUUAUUAGAAAGACAAACUGUUAGAUGUCUAAAUAUUAAGAAAAUUGAGAUGUAUGGGGUUAGUGUAGGAAAGUGGCAGUGGUGUAAAACAUCAACCAUAAAUUUAUUGAAUGCCAGAGCAGGUAUGAAGGGGGUCAAAUGGCCUAUUCUUGCUUCACUUUCUUUGAACUCAUUGAGCACAAACAAGCCUAUAUCAAUAGUGCAGAUGACAAAAGGAUAGGCUGAAUUUUGUUAGUGUUGGAACUCAAGUGUAGUACCAUCAGUAGUAGAGGUGAUGGCAAUCAGUUUUCUUUGCAGCCAUUAAGAACAUUCUGCUUGAUCCACAGUAAAUUUCAAUUAUACAAAUAUUUACAAUUGGUAUCCUCAGUUGACAUACAAUUGAUAGUUCAGAGAAGGAUUUAAAAUAAAACAGCAAAGGAAUAUUACUGCUUUGAACUUAGCACAAUUUUAGUGGUUAUACACCUUGGGUGCCAGAAGAGGUCACUCUUUAAUUACAAAACAUCUG